UGAAACCAACUUCGUCCUCCGCUUGUUUUGAUCUCUCGCUCUCUCUCUCUCUCUAAGAUGCAUGCGUUGACUAGUUUCGGAAUCGAUUUGAUUUUGGAAGAAUCUGUGGGAUCUCUAUAUCAUCUAUAGAUCGGAAAGUCAUGAACUUUGCUCUGUUUUGUUGAUCUGUGCAAAAAAAAAAGAGAGCAAACUUUACUCUGUUUUGGGUUUAGGUAAAGUUUGCGUCUUUGAUCUCUCUCAUUUCGACUAGUCCCGAAGUAGAGACAAUGGAUCUUGAUUUGAACCAAAACCCAUCUUCUGGUUCCGAGAUUUCUCCAUGGUUAAACGAGCUCGAGACUACUCACUCCCAGAUCGAACAACGCAUAAGACAGCUCGAAGCAAUAGUUCAAGAAUCAGACAACGAGAAACAACAGCACGGGCCUUGGCCUUGGUGCCGUCUAACGAGCAUAGAAACUCCACAGCAGGAGUUAUACACGAGCGUUCUAGAGAGAGACUUGUCAAAAACGGGGAGAACAAGACUUACUUGAUAGCAAAGGCAUUGAACACGGAGAGAACAAGCUCUACUGUUCCUGGUGGUUACUUUGACUGUAACAUAUGUUUAGUUAAAGCUCAAGAUCCGGUUUUGACUUGUUGUGGUCACUUGUUCUGCUGGGGAUGUUUCCAUCAGUUGCCUCUUGUUUACUUAAACAUUAAAGAAUGUCCUGUUUGCGAUGGAGAAGUGACUGACGCGGAGGUGAUUCCCAUAUACGGUAAUGGUGAUGAUAAUAGUAAAACAAAGCUUGAGGGUUGUGGUGUUCUUCUACCUCCAAGGCCUCAUGCUAAAAGAGUAGAAAGCUUUCGUCAAAAGAUUAUAAACCGAGGAGUACCUUUUGUUCCCGAAACAAUGGAGCAUAUUAGAAGGGCUAUUGAUUCUAUAGUAACCAGUGGAGGAGGUGAGCAACAACAUCUUCAUCCACCUUUGAGGUUAUUGCCUUCUUUUGCUUCUUUCCCAAGUCUUGUAGUUCAUACCUCGGAGAUACCACCUUUUGAUGAUGUUGAUAGUUUUAUUGACACAACUAGUUUGAGAAGAAAUCGUCGUAGGUCUUCUCGUAUUGCUGAGAUUAGUUCUUCUCUUCAGAGAAACCGAAGUAACAAUGCCUCCUCAGAGACGGCAGGUUCAUCAUCAGUUAGAGAUUUUGUUGUUCCGGGCUCCUCUACUGCCACGAGAAGCCAAACUCUUAACCCUACUCAAGUUGCUACAUCUGCCUCAUCGUCUACGAGAAGAACAGAAGAUGUAAAUAGUGGACCUCAGACCAGGUCUAGAAGGAGGCUAAGGUAAACGAAAGAUUCUUGAAACAUUAAAAAUGUUAAUGUUAACCCUGUCUUUUUUUCAUCCUUAGAGUUGUCUGAAUAUGGCUGAAUGUAUGUAUAUAUGUUUAUGUACAUUCUUGUGUACUUGCAAGUCCUAUGAAACUUAGGAUAUAAAAGUUUUGGGUUAAAUA